ACCCCGCGGCCCCGCCCCUCGCCCUUUACACCCCCCCCUCCCCCCGCGGGAGUCGCGGCGCUGCGGGUAGGACCCAGGUUGAAGGGGCCCCUAGGUUCCGUGGGGAGUCCGUGCCGGAGCGACGCCUGAGGCCUGCGAGCGGACUGGGCGGCGGCAUGCGGCGCCGUUGAGGGUGCUGCCGCGCGCGUCCCACGCCGCCCUGAGUCCUGAGCUAUUCGAAGGAGGAGCAGCGUCUGGGGCCGAGGAGCGGGGCAGACGCGGACGCUGCCGGAGCUCCAGCCGACGCGGCGUCUCCGGUCGUAGGUUGGCGGUUUGGGGUCGGGGACUGAGGCUUGGGCGCUGCCUGCCCAAGCGGAGAUCCGGGUUUGCCUCCCGCCCCCGCUCAGGACCCUGACGCGGGUGAGGCUACCCCGGGAGCAUGAGCGGGCAGCGCGUGGACGUCAAGGUGGUGAUGCUGGGCAAGGAGUACGUGGGCAAGACGAGCCUGGUGGAACGAUACGUGCACGACCGCUUCCUGGUGGGGCCCUAUCAGAAUACCAUCGGGGCCGCCUUCGUGGCCAAGGUGAUGUCCGUUGGAGACCGGACGGUGACUUUAGGUAUUUGGGAUACAGCAGGCUCGGAGCGCUACGAGGCCAUGAGCCGAAUCUACUAUCGGGGCGCCAAGGCUGCCAUCGUCUGCUAUGACCUGACGGACAGCAGCAGUUUUGAGCGGGCAAAGUUCUGGGUGAAGGAACUGCGCAACCUAGAGGAGGGCUGUCAGAUCUACCUGUGUGGCACCAAGAGUGACCUGCUGGAAGAGGACAGGCGCCGCCGCCGUGUGGACUUCCACGACGUCCAGGACUAUGCAGACAAUAUCAAAGCUCAGCUCUUUGAAACAUCCAGCAAGACAGGCCAGAGUGUGGACGAGCUCUUCCAGAAAGUGGCAGAGGACUACGUCAGUGUGGCUGCCUUCCAGGUGAUGACAGAGGACAAGGGCGUGGACCUGAGCCAGAAGGCAAACCCCUACUUCUACAGCUGUUGUCAUCACUGAGUCACCACCACUCACCUGGCCUAGGGGAAUUAAAGGAAUCCCCCCAGAAGGGCUAGACCUAGCUCCUGUCUGGGCUUGAGUGGCCAGACGUCUGAGCUACCCCCGGUCCCCAGGGCAGCAGAGGUGGCACCUGCCUGUGCUGGCCCAUGGAACGGAGGCAGCAUUGGGCUGACUGAUGGGCAUGAGGAGGGUAAAGGCUUAUUUGGACCCCAGGCUCCUGCCCUGGACAGCACUUGUGUCUGCAGAUUAUUUAAGUGGCUUUUGAUUUGUAAAUAAAAUCAAUGCACUGUGAAUCACACUCAGCCCCUCUCCCUGCUGUGUGGAUUAGGUGCCAAGACACCUAGUUCUUUCUGGGGCUACCAGCUGGCCUCACUUCCUAUAUUAAGGCUCCUCUCAGCUCUUAUUCUUUUGGAAGCCAAGGAACUUCACUCCAGGGUUGCAUCUGAGAUAAUG